AUGAGCGGCGUCUUUGUAUACUGGGACCAUUCAAACAUAUUCCACGAGGCGCAACGGAUUGCGGAAGAAACAGAGGGUACUCCGGGAGCACGCUAUCUGGUGCGGAUCCAUUUUGAAAACCUGCUCAGGCUAGCCCGUGCUGAUCGACCGUUGGCCAAGGCUUUGGCCGCAGGUUCAGUACCGCCCGAAAUGCGGGCUCUUUGGAAUCGGCUGGAGAAUCAAGGAAUAGAGGUUCGCUUGUUUGACCGUGGCGAAGCCGGGCGCGGUGAGCAAGAUAUGCCCGACCGAAUUCUUCAGUUGCGUAUGCUGGAGGAUGCGUUGGACUACAACGGCAAUGCUGGUACUGUGGUCCUAUUGACCGGCGAUGGAGCCGGCUAUAGCGAGGGGCAGGGCUUCCACAGCACGUUGGCACGCAUGCACACGCGCGGUUGGAAGGUGGAGGUCUUGUCGUGGCUUCAAUCCUGCAAUCGGGGUAUGCGCUCAUGGGCGGAGCAAAACGGGAUUUUCGUUCCCCUCGACGAUUUCUACGACGCGAUAACUUUCAGAGAGCCAUCCCGAGAGGGGCAUGAAUUCGCCUCACGGCGCGAUGCGACGCCGCUGGAUUUGACGAGUCGGGAGAUGGCGUGA